AUGGAGGCGGAACCGAUGGAGUUCGGCUUCGUGCCGAGCCGCAUCGUGCGCGAGCUCGGGGAGAUCGGCAAUUGGAAGGUGCGCGCGGACGCGAUCGAGACGCUGCAGCGAUUGGUGGGGGCCAUCAGCGACAAGCAAAGCCUGCUGCCAACGCUCGGCUCCUUCGUGGCCUUCAUGCUCAAGCUUCUGGCGGACCCAAACUUCAAGAUCUCGCUCACCGCAAUGCAGGUUCUCGGCGACCUAGUUCUCAAGACCGGCCCCUCUUUACGGCCCUUCCUGGUCGCCCUCCUCCCGGGCUUGGUUGGCAAGCUGGGCGACUCCAAAAUCGUGGUCCGGCAAGCAACGGUCAAAGUCCUGCGACAACUGCACGGGAGUCUGGGUCAAGCGGCGGUCUUAGCGGCUAUGGAAGAAGUGUAUGACGUCAGCAGCAGUGGGGCGGCUAAGGAGGAGAUCGUGGCUGCGGUUAUCACGAUGCUGCCGGACGGGGCCGGGAGCGAUGCGGACGUUGUCGGAGUUAUGCGAAUGUUGGGCGGUAUUGUGAAGCACAGAGACGGUACCCGGACGGUCGCACUCGACGCCUUCACCGCCCUCCAAGACAUGGUCGGGGCGAGCCGCAUGCAGGCGCUUCUCCCGCAGCUCGGUUCCGAGGGAUCCCUCUCCGAGAUAAACGACCGUUUGCGCAGUCACGCGCUACACUCGGACUCGCCCCCCCGGGCACCUCUCGUGAUCACCGGGGCGGCCGCGCCUCUUCUGGGGGGGUUGGGCGCCGACGUUCGGAACCUCCCCGGACAGAAACCAAGCGACGAGCCUAUCUUUGAGAGGAACCGGGGGAUCCCCCCGGCUAAGGGGGGAAUGUUCGGAGACGGGGGGGAGGCGAGCACGAGCUCGGUAGGUGGGCGGUCGAGAAAAUCGGUCCCGUGGGAGAUCCCGGUUCCUCGUUCCAGGGGGGUAGAAAGCCCGGUACUUUCGCCAACCUCCCCCCUAAGCGUCGGAUCGUCUGCGUCUGAUACCGCGCCCCCCCCCCUCGACACGGGCCAAAACCGGCCCCCACUUUUGAAGACGACUGUUUUGGGAGAUCUAGACGAGAGCCACGACAAUUCAGCCCCCCGCCGGUCGGUGGGUCACGGCCCCCCGGGGCAGGUGAUAAAACGGCGGCCCAGCCGCGGGGGGGUCCAGGAACGGGGCCAGGACCCCCCCGACCCGGCGACGCUGCUCGUCGCCGGCCGCAGCGCGCACGCGGGGGGGUCGAGCCCCGAGCUUCUGGCACCCCCCGGUAGAAAUUCAGAGGUUGUGCGGCCCCUGAGCCUGCUAAAAGUGGACUCGGGGAAGGGGUGUGGAUUCACGCCUCUGAGCCCGGGGGGUAUUUCGGGGGUGGGCUUGCAAGCGCCGGAGGGCGUUUCGGGGGGCUGGGGCCGGGAGAGCAGCUUCAUGGAGCGAAUCCAGAUGUCGGCGGCGCGGAGCAACAGCGAGCGGGAUGCGGGGGCGCCGGCGGGCCGCAUCAGCAGUGACGUCAGCAGGAGUGGAGACGGUUCGGAAGCAGGUCGGCAUCGAGGGCGGGUCGACUUCGUCGACUCUUCGUCAGAUCGGCACCUCGAGGGGGGGGCAUCUCUUUCCCAGCACGGCAUCUUGCUGACCGCAAAGUCCCCCCCAGUAGAUCCGCCCAUCAAAGCGCGGACCGGAAGCCUCAAGUCCGCCAUGAAAGCCGGAACCUCUCAGGGCGGAGUGACCGGAACGAACGACCAGUUCGCAGCGCAUGGCGACGACGGACUGAGACGCAGCGGAAGCAGCUCGUCGCUUUGGGGGGGGGACAGCUCAGGGGCUACUCAAAGCGCAGCGCUCCCCCCCCUCGCGGCGGAAUCAAGCACGGAGUCCAUCCUCCGGUCGCCUUUGGCGUCGCCCUUCUCUCCGACCGCCCCUCAAAAUGGUUUGGCGCGCGCGGCAGGGGGGAUGAGUCGCGGAAUGGCGUCUCCCAAACCCCCCCCAAAGCGCGCAAGCUCCGAGCUGCGCAUGGCACCCGCGAAAGCGGGGGAUGACGAUUCCAGCAACCCGGAUACCCCCUCGGCGCGCUCCGAAGAGGGGGGGCGGGGGGAAAAUAAUAGCAGAAACGACGCGUACUCGUUCCGGGGGGGUAGCUCCAUGAAGAUGGCCCAGACGUGGGGGUCCGAAGAAAAGCGUGGUGCGCCGGAUCUGCGGGGGGGUGAAGCGGGGGCGCGCUGGGCGAGCCCCGCGGAGGGGGGGGAAAUUGGGAGAAAUCUGCGCGCGAGCUUGGGAGACGGGAGCGAUUCCGAGAACAAGGCGACGAUUCGGGGGAAGCUCUCCAUUCUGAAGAAGAAGCAGGGCAGCCGACGCGUGCACAGCGCGAACUCCGCGUUACAGCGCAUCCCGAACAGCUACAGCGAAGGUGACGUCAGCGUGGCGGACCUGAAAUCGUCGCAGGCGCCGUUCGCGCUCGCGCUCGCGCACAAGUUCGCGCCCGGGACCGCGGCCGCGGGCAGCACCGCGUACCACGACGGGGAGUUCGACGGCGGCGGGAUGACGUCGCCCGGCGGGGGCGCGCGCGCGCGGGGCCGCACCGCGGCGUCCCCGGACCCCAGCGAGGGUUUGAGCGACGACCCGUUUGCGAGCCGGUUCAAGAUCGGGUUUGGGUCGCAAAGCGGGCGCGGGGGGGAGAGUCCCGCGUUUCCAGAGGAGGGGGAAAUCGAAAGGGCUCCGGAAGGGGGGGGGACGAAACUAGUGCGGCGGGUUUCGAAGGCGACGCUGCAGCGGCGCGCGACGAAGCAGACGGAGGCCGCGGCCGCGGCCGCGCUGGGGCUUCCGACUGACGUCAGCGUCGGGGAGGGGUACUCUGAGACCGGGACGUCCGGUCGGGACCGCGAAUUUAAGGCGAAUGCUUCGCGGCUUUCCGGGGGGGGUCGGGAUGAGAUACAGCUGAAAGGCGGUCGGUCGAUUAGUCCCAGUCGGCAGAGGGCGACCGCGGAAGCGGACGCGCUGCGAGGGAUGUCGCCCCCGAAGAGCUCCGGGAGAGGGGGGAUGACCGGUAGGGAUCUGGCGGCGGCGGCGGCGAAGCCAAUGGACGAGAUCCUGACGGAGGAUCUUCAGCCCUGCGCGUACCCGGAGCGCGAGGUGCGCGAGGCCGUGUCGUGCCUCGUGCGCGCGAACCUGCAGCGGCCCAACCAGGGCACCAUCGACUGGAGCGAGCAGUACGAGGCGAUCAACGUCAUCCGCCGCGCGGCGGUGCACCAUGUCGCGCAGUUGCAGCCGGAGCUGAAGGCCGCGGUGGUCGCGCUGGUGCCGUCGUGCGAUAACCUGCGCUCCUCGCUCGCCAAAAACGCGCUGGUGUGCUUCCAAGAGCUAUUCAGCUUCCUGGGCCGCGCGAUGGACGCGCAUUUGGACGCGGUCGUGCCGACGCUGGCAAAGCGCGCGGCCGAAAACAGCGCGUUUUUGUCCGCGGAGGCAGACAUCGCGCUGGGCGCGAUGAUCGCGAACGUGAGCGACGCGCGCGCGCUCGCGGCGCUGCUCGCGAUCGCGGGGCACAAGACGCCCGGCGUGCGCGCGCGCGUGGCCGCGCACAUCGAGGCGUGCGUGCGCAAGAUGGGGCCGCGCUGCAGCCGGGAGCUGCUCGAGAGGCUCUUCUCCCAGUUGCUCAUGUUCUUGGACGAGGGCAACAUCGAGACGCGGAUCUUCGGCAAGCGUUCCCUUUUCGCAUUGAGCAGGCUUCUCGCCUCGAGCGGCGACUUCGAGCCGCUCCUCAAGAAGGUGUCCAACCCCGCCAAGCUCAAGGCGGUGCGCGAGGUGGUGGCCGCAAAUGCGCCACCCCCCCUCCCCCGAGAGCCCGGCAAAGCCUCCCCCCUGCGGCGAAUCAGUCGCGGCAGCACCGGGGAAUCGGACGCCGGGCUCUCGCACACUUGGACGUCCGGAACCGAAAGGGGGGGGGUCGGGAAGGAGAAGAAACGGCUGGCGAGCACGGCCCCCGCGGCGGUGCUGGCGCUCGGGAAGGGAUCCCCCUCGGCGGUGUUGGCGAGUUUGGGGGGGGGUGGGAUUGGCGUGGCGCGGAGCCCCCCCGUAGGGGGGAGUAGAGACCAGUGGGGGGAGAGUGACGAACAACCCCCCAAAGCGAAAGCGAAGCGCGGCGCGAGUCCUGGGCGGGCUCGGGGGGGGAGUUCCGGAGGGGAGUCGGGGGGUGGGGGACGAGGUUUUGGGCCCGGUUAUAAACGCGCUGGGGGGGAAGGGAGUUGGCGGGAACGGUGUGGGGGGCUGACGGAUUUGGGGGCGCUGUUGGACGAGCAGUCCCCGUCCGCGAUCGAGGCAUCCGUGGUGCAGAUUGCGGACGGCCUCGCGCCGCGAAUGACCGACGCCAACAGCAAGGUGACGCUUGCGGCGCUGCAGGUCUGCUCUCAGCUGUUGGGUGUACUCUCGAGCGGCGUGGGGCCCGCCCUCGGGGUGCUCCUCCCCGCGCUCGCGUCCGCGCUCGGGUCCUCGAACGACAAGAACGCGGCCGCGGCCGCGGACACGUUGCACCAACUGGCAAGUAGAGUGGACCCGGUAGUUCUGGUGCAGCCGUUGACCGCGCGCGUGACCCACGGCGGCGGCCGCGCGCGCUGCCUGCUGCUGGACUGCCUGACCGCGCGCAUCCACGAGGUGCACGCCCUGAAGCCGGUGCUGAUCAGCAAGGCCGUGCUGCCCAUCGUGCACGCGCGGAAGCCGGUACUGAUCAGCAAAGCCGUGCUGCCCAUGGCCCUGCCGUUGGUGGGCGAGCCGAAAGGCGACACGCGCACCGCGGCCGCGCGGCUGCUGCGGCGGCUGCACCAGCUGAUGGGCGACGGCCUGCUCAGCCAGUGCGACGCCAUCUCCAAGGCGAGUUCCGAACGCGUUGCCGACCUCCUCUUCCGAGAAAGCGACCGGUGA